CCCAAACGUCGCUAUAAAUAGAGACACAUCUUCUUCUUCUCCUCCAUCGUCCAACCACCAAAAAUCUUUUUUUACCCCAAACCCAAAAAAUAAACUCUUCCAUUUUCAGACAAAACCCAAAAAAGAUAAACUCUUUAUUGUCUUACCUUGGAAUGCACGUUGAGCUCCUUUUAGAUCGUGUGAUUUAGCAACGAGGGUUUUGCUCUGAUCGGUGAGAAAAAUGGAGCAGAAGAGCGUGUUGCUGUCAGCUUUAGGAGUUGGUGUUGGCUUAGGGAUUGGGUUGGCAUCGGGUCAGAGUUUGGGUAGAUGGGCAAACGGGCCGGGUUCUGUAGAAGAUGAUCUCACAGGAGAACAGAUUGAGCAAGAGCUGGUGAGACAAAUUAUUGAUGGAAGAGAGAGUACUGUCACCUUCGAUGAGUUUCCGUAUUUCUUAAGUGAGAGGACUAGAGUGUUAUUGACAAGUUCAGCUUACGUUCAUCUAAAAGAGUCUGAUAUAUCGAAGCAUACUCGGAACCUUGCACCUGCAAGUAAAGCCAUUCUACUCUCUGGUCCUGCGGAGUUCUAUCAGCAAAUGCUUGCCAAAGCUUUGUCUCAUUACUGUGAAUCAAAGCUAUUGCUGUUAGAUAUAACUGAUUUCUCUAUCAAGAUACAAAGUAAAUAUGGAUGCACCAAGAAGGAACCUUUUCACAAGAGGUCUAUUUCUGAGUUAACAUUAGACAAAGUGUCUAGUUUAAUGGGUUCCUUCUCGAUGCUCUCUCAACGCGAAGUUGAUCCAAGAGGGACAUUGCGUCGACACACCAGUGGUAAUGAUCUUAAAUCAAGGAGCAUAGAGACCUCAAACCGUCCUCCAAAACACAAGAGAUAUGCUUCUGCUGCUCCUGAUAUCAGUAGUAGCAUUUCCUCUGUUUCAGGUUGUAACAAACGCAGCACAAAUCUAUGUUUCGACGAGAAACUUUUCCUGCAAUCACUUUACAAGGUUUUGGUCUCCGUAUCAGCAACAACUCCGCUAAUAGUAUACCUCAGGGACGUUGAGAAGCUUCUUGAGUCGGAAAGAUUCUACAAGCUGUUCCAAAGACUCUUGAACAAGCUCUCUGGUCCAGUCUUGAUUCUUGGCUCUAGAGUAUUAGAACCAGAAGAUGAUUGCCAAGAAGUAAGCGAAAGGACAUCCUCUCUCUUUCCUUACAACAUUGAGAUCAAACCACCGGAGGAUGAGUCUCAGCUCAUGAGCUGGAAAAGUCGUUUAGAAGAUGACAUGAAGAUGAUUCAGUUCCAAGACAACAAGAACCACAUCGCAGAGGUUCUUGCUGCUAAUGACAUUGAAUGCGACGACUUAGCUUCCAUAUGCCACGCGGAUACAAUGUGUUUGAGUAACCACAUUGAUGAAGUUGUGGUUUCUGCUAUCACUUAUCAUUUGAUACACACCAAAGAGCCUGAAUACAGAAACGGAAAGCUUGUUAUAUCUUCCAAAAGCUUGUCUCAUGGACUAAGUAUAUUUCAAGAAGGUGGAAGCAGAUCACUUGAGCUAGACACAAACACUGACUAUAAGCGUAAAGGAGGAGAAGUAUGUUCAAAGAGUGAGUCCAAACCUGAAUCAUCUGGUCCUGAAAACAAAAACGAGUUGGAGAAAUCACUUCCUUCAAACAAGAAUGAUAAUCCAUCACCUCCAAAAGCGCCUGAGGUUGUUCCUGACAAUGAGUUCGAGAAGCGGAUAAGACCAGAGGUUAUACCAGCAAAUGAGAUUGGCGUGACAUUUGCAGAUAUUGGUUCUUUAGACGAAACAAAAGAUUCACUUCAAGAGCUUGUAAUGCUUCCACUUAGAAGACCUGAUCUCUUCAAAGGCGGUCUUCUCAAGCCAUGCAGAGGGAUACUUCUGUUUGGUCCUCCUGGUACUGGCAAAACUAUGCUUGCUAAAGCAAUUGCAAAUGAAGCUGGAGCUAGUUUCAUCAAUGUCUCAAUGUCUACAAUCACUUCUAAAUGGUUUGGAGAAGAUGAGAAGAACGUGAGAGCUUUGUUUACUUUAGCAGCUAAAGUAUCACCAACGAUUAUAUUUGUGGAUGAAGUUGAUAGUAUGUUGGGGCAAAGAACAAGAGUAGGAGAGCAUGAAGCUAUGAGGAAGAUCAAGAAUGAGUUUAUGACGCAUUGGGAUGGGCUUAUGACCAAACCUGGUGAAAGGAUUCUGGUUCUUGCAGCCACAAACAGACCCUUUGAUCUUGAUGAAGCUAUCAUUAGGAGGUUUGAGAGGAGAAUAAUGGUGGGACUUCCUUCGAUUGAGAGCAGGGAGAAGAUCUUGAGAACUUUGUUGUCUAAGGAGAAGACAGAUGAACUUGAUUUUCAUGAGCUUGGACAGAUGACAGAAGGCUACAGUGGAAGUGAUCUAAAGAACUUAUGCAUCACAGCUGCAUACAGACCGGUUAGAGAGCUAAUUCAACAGGAGAGAUUGAAAGAUCAGGAGAGGAAAAAGAGGGAAGAAGCAGGAAAAGGCACGGAAGAGACAAAAGAAGAAGAAGAAGCUUCAGAGGAGAGAGAGAUUGUUUUGAGACCUUUGAACAUGGAAGACAUGAGAAAAGCUAAAAACCAGGUAGGGGCGAGUUUUGCAUCAGAAGGAUCUGGAAUGAAUGAGCUGAAACAAUGGAAUGAUUUGUAUGGAGAAGGAGGCUCAAGGAAAAAGGAACAGCUCACUUACUUCCUCUGAAAACUACUAAACCCUAAAAUUGUGAUUGUAUGUUGCUUGGUGCACAAGGUAUCAAACUGAUCCGUUUGGUCUUUGGCAAAUCAAAAACAGAGAAUCUUGUUUUUUACUUGUUAGGCUAUUCCAUUAAGCCCAUCUUCUUCUCUUUCUUAUUUUGGGUUCUUAAAUUUUUCCUUAAAACUGUGAUAUUUUUCUUUAUGUUCAUAUUUAUGUCAUUGUGAAAGUGUAGUUUAUGAA